AUGCAGGUAUUCCAAAAGCAUGUCGACUUUGAGGCCGUCAUUCAUGCAGCCUCGCCAUUUCAUGAUAAAUUCGACGAUCCAAACGAGCUGCUGGACCCGGCAAUAAAAGGAACUACUGGAAUUCUCAAGGCAAUUGCCAAGUAUGCACCAACAGUGAGACGGGUGGUGAUAACAUCAUCUUUUGCAUCAAUGGUCAACGAGAACAAGGCGCCAGAGGUUUACGACGAGACUUGUUGGAACCCGGUGAGUUGGGACGACGCAACAACGAAGCGUAAUCAGGCGUAUCGUGGUAGUAAGACCUUCGCAGAGAAGGCUGCGUGGGAGUUCAUGGCGAAGGAGAAGCCCAACUUUGAUUUGGUCACCAUCUGCCCGCCAAUGGUCUACGGGCCAAUCGUUCACAAGAUCAGUAGUCUGGCGGCUGUGAAUACGUCGAAUCAGAGGAUACUCGACUUCAUCCAAGGCAAGUACAGUCACGGCGAUCUGCCAUCCACAGGCACUUUGAUGUGGAUUGAUGUGCGCGAUCUAGCUGCAGCUCAUGUCAAAGCAGUUGAAGUUGAAGCUGCAGGUGGUCAGCGCUUCUUUGCCACUGGUGGCCACUACUCCAACAAGACCCUUGUUGAUGCCAUCAAGGAUACUCAUCCUGAGUUGGCAUCGAGACUGCCUACGAAUCCAGUCGACGAACUCUUCGACAAACAGUAUACAUUCGAUAAUACCAAGAUCAAGCAGGUGUUGGGCAUGCAAUUCCGUCCUCUUCACGACUGUGUGGACGCUACUGUGGCUUCACUGCUUGAAUUAGGAGCAUGA